UCCCAGUUCACCGGGCCGGGCUGGGGCCGCGCGGGCCGCGCGGUUGGCGGGGCGAGGCGGGGCGGCGCAGGCCGGAGGAGGCGGGGGCCCGGGCGCCGCCGCGCCGCCCUCCGCGCCGCCGCGGUCAUGUCGGACCCGGCGCCCGAAGUUCCGGAGCUGUUCCGCGAGGUCAAGUACUACGCGGUGGGCGACCUCGAUCCUCAGGUUAUUCGGCUUCUUAAAGCUGGGAAAGCCAAGGAAGUCUCCUAUAAUGCUUUAGCCUCUCACAUAAUCUCAGAGGAUGGGGACAGCCCCGAGGUGGGAGAAGCCCGGGAGGUCUUUGACUUGCCUGUUGUAAAGCCUUCCUGGGUGAUUUUAUCCGUACAGUGUGGAGCUCUGCUGCCAGUGAACGGGUUUUCUCCAGAAUCAUGUCAGAUUUUUUUUGGAAUCACUGCCUGCCUUUCUCAGGUGUCGUCUGAGGACAGAAGUGCCCUGUGGGCGUUGCUCACGUUCCAUGGUGGCGGCUGCCAGCUGAACCUCAAUAAGAAGUGCACUCACCUGAUUGUUCCAGAGCCCAAGGGGGAGAAAUACGAGUGUGCUGUGAAACGAGCAAGUAUUAAGAUUGUGACUCCCGAUUGGGUCCUGGACUGCAUAUCCGAGAAGACCAGGAAGGAUGAAGUGUUUUAUCAUCCUCGUCUGAUCAUCUAUGAGGAGGAGGAAGAGGAAGAGGAGGAAGAGGAAGAGGUGGAGAACGAGGAGCAGGACUCUCAGAACGAGGGCAGCACCGAGAAGUCGAGCCUGGCCAGCUCUCGGGAGGGCUCUCCUGGUGACCGGCAGUUCUCGCCCAAACCCCGCGCCGAGACCUCCAAAGGGGAGUUGAUGUUCGAUGACUCGUCAGACUCGUCACCAGAGAAGCAGGAGCGGAACUUGAACUGGACUCCAGCAGAGGUCCCGCAGCUUGCCUCGGCCAAGCGCAGGCUGCCCCCGGGCAAGGAGCCGGGGCUCAUUAACUUGUGUGCCAAUGUCCCGCCCGUCCCAGGGAACCUCCUGCCUCCCGAUGUCCGGGGGCUCAUGGCCUCUGGGCAGAACCUCCCCGGCUCUGAGCGGUCAGAAAUGAUAGCUACCUGGAGUCCAGCGGCACGGACGUUGAGAAAUAUCACUAAUAGUGCUGACAUUCAGCAGAUUAACCGACCGUCAAACGUAGCACACAUCCUGCAGUCCCUUUCAGCACCCACGAAAAAUCUAGAGCACCAGGCGAAUCACGGCCAGCAGGGCCACGGCAGUGCGAGCGCGGCGCUGUUCAGCCAGGUGAAAGGCGCUGCGGACGCGCCCACGCUCCAGCCGCACCCGCCGCCGCCGGUCCUGCACCUCCAGCCCCAGCAGAUGAUGCAGUUCCCGCCGCCGCCACCGCCGCAGCCCUACCCGCACCCCCCGGCACACCCGUUCCCGCAGCCGCAGCCGCCGCAGGCCCACCAGCACCCGUUUCCCCAGCAGCAGCUCCCGUUCCCGCAGCAGCCGCUGCACCGCCCGCCGCAGCACACCCAGCCCUUCCAGCCUCCGCACGCCCUCCAGCUGCACCAGCUCCAGCAGCAGCAGCUGGCACAGCUGCAGCAGCAGCAGCACAGCCUGCUCCAGCAGCAGCACCUGCAGCAGCAGCAGCAGCUCCAGCGCCUACACCAGCAGCAGCAGCAGCACAUGCAGAACCAGGCAGCACAGCACCCGAGCCAGCCUCCCCCGGCGCUGCAGCACCAGGUCCCACCCCAGCAGCCCCCGCAGCCCCCGCCGCCGCCGCCCCCGCCGCAGCAGCUGUUUGGACACGACCCUUCCGUGGAGCUUCCAGAAGAAGGCUUUUUGCUUGGAUGUGUGUUUGCUAUUGCUGAUUACCCAGAGCAAAUGUCAGAUAAGCAGCUGCUAGCCACGUGGAAAAGGAUAAUCCAGGCACACGGGGGCACCGUGGACCCCACAUUCACAAGCCGGUGCACCCAUCUUCUCUGUGAAAGCCAAGUCAGUAGUCUGUACGCACAGGCAAUCCGAGAGAGGAAGAGAUGCAUCACCGCACACUGGCUCAACACCGUCCUGAAGAAGAAGAAGAUGGUGCCCCCCCACCGCGCCCUCCACUUCCCCGUGGCCUUCCCGCCGGGAGGGAAGCCCUGCGCACAGCACAUCAUCUCUGUGACUGGGUUUGUUGAUAAUGACAGAGACGACUUGAAGUUGAUGGCGUAUCUGGCCGGUGCCAAAUACACAGGGUAUCUGUGUCGGAGCAACACAGUUCUCAUCUGUAAAGAGCCAAGCGGUUUAAAGUACGAGAAAGCCAAAGAGUGGAGGAUCCCGUGCGUGAACGCCCAGUGGCUCGGUGACAUCCUGCUGGGGAACCUGGAGGCGCUGAGGCAGGUCCAGUGCAGUCGGUACACGGCCUUCCACCUGCCGGACCCCUUCGCGCCCACCCAGCACCUGGUGCUCAGUCUUCUGGAUGCUUGGAGAAUCCCAUUGAAAGUGUCAGCUGAGUUACUGAUGGGCGUACGGUUACCUCCCAAACCGAAGCAGAACGAAGCCACCAGCAUCCAGCCCUCCUCCAAACGAGCCAGGAUUGAAGAUCUGCCGCCUCCCACUAAAAAACUGACACCAGAAUUGACCCCUUUUGUGCUUUUCACUGGCUUUGAGCCUGUACAAGUGCAACAAUAUAUUAAGAAGCUCUACAUCCUGGGCGGCGAGGUGGCGGAGUCCACGCAGAAGUGCACGCACCUGGUGGCCAGCAAGGUGACGCGCACCGUCAAGUUCCUCACGGCCAUCUCGGUGGCGAAGCACAUCGUGACGCCCGAGUGGCUGGAGGAGUGCUUCAAGUGCCAGCAGUUCAUCGAUGAGCAGAACUACGUCCUCCGAGACGCCGAGGCGGAAGUCCUUUUCUCCUUCAGCCUGGAAGAGUCCCUCAAGCGGGCGCACGUCUCUCCCCUCUUCAAGGCAAAGUAUUUUUACAUCACGCCCGGCAUCUGCCCCAGCCUCUCGACGAUGAAAGCGAUCGUGGAGUGCGCGGGGGGAAAGGUUCUGACCAAGCAGCCGUCCUUCCGGAAGCUCAUGGAGCAUAAGCAGAACAAGAGCCUUGCAGAAAUCAUUUUAAUAUCCUGUGAGAAUGACCUUCACCUAUGCCGGGAGUAUUUUGCCAGAGGAAUAGAUGUUCACAAUGCGGAGUUUGUUCUGACUGGCGUGCUCACGCAGACGCUGGACUAUGAGUCCUAUAAGUUCAACUGACACCCUGCCCGCCGGAGCCCGGGCCCAGGGCUGCGCCGCCACGCACGUUUUCCCGCUGCUCCUGGAGCAGGAGAACGACUGUACACUUACUGCAUCUUGUUGAGAUGUGCGAUUUUAUUCUGAGGAAAUAUAAAUUAUGUUGUGUAUGAUAGGAACUUAUGAGCCCACAUUAGGUCUGACCCAUUUGCAGGCUCAAACGUUUUCACAAAAUCAUGUGAGCUUCAGCUACAAAUAAAAUGAUGUAAAUAAAGAUCUUGCUAUCUAAAUUAUGGAUGUUAAAGACAUAAGAUGUUUUAUACUUUGAUUAUUUUUAUUUCUUAUACUCUUUUCUUUUAUAUUGACCUCUUACCCACAUUUUAAAUAAAUGUACUUU